UGUCCUUAGUCCUCACUUCUCUGCCUAGAUUUCUGUACUCUAUGAUUGUUAUGUCUGAUGAAAUUAUCUUUUCCAAAGAAAAAUUAUCAAAUGUUUCAAAUGGUGCUUCAUACAAUGAACAUAUGAGUGACAAAGGAAUAUGUCCAGUUUGAAAAUCGAGCCUCAGUUCAGCAAAAGUGUAGAUAGAAGCAUGUAUGUCAGCUAGCACUAGUUAGUUGUGCUUCUUGUCAUGUUGGAGACCAGAUCUAUCCGUGGAAUGCCAGAACAGUCUUGGAAUAAUUACGGAGUUAAAAUCCCUCCACAUCAAAUGGCUACUCCAAUUAGACAUGGCAAAAGUGGCCAAGACGAUAUUUGUUAUGUGUUGGCGAAGUACGACUACGAGCACCAGGGCCCUCAGGAGUUGGAUCUCAAGAAGAACGAGCGCUACGUCCUCCUAGACGACACCAAGCACUGGUGGAAGGUGCAAAAUUCCCGAGGGCAAGCCGGUUAUGUGCCUAGCAAUUACGUGAAGAAAGAGAAGCCGUCUCUGUUCGAUAGCAUCAAGAAAAAGGUGAAAAAAGGAUCAGGAUCAAAGACCCUUCCCUCGAACAACUCCCCGUCUCGAGCAGCGGAAUCUCCCAGUAUGGCGCGGCGACUGCCAGCGGACCCCUCGGAGGCCAUCGGCAUGGCCAUCGUCAAGUACAACUACCAGGCGCAGCAGCCCGACGAGCUGUCGCUGGUGAAGGGGUCGCGCAUCCUCAUUCUGGAGAAGAGCAACGAUGGCUGGUGGCGAGGCCAGAGCAGCAACAUUUCCGGCUGGUUCCCGUCGAACUACACGCAAGAGGAGGGCGAGAUCGACGACACGCUGCACACGUAUGCGAUGGCCGAGAACGUGCUCGACAUCGUGGUGGCGCUGUACUCGUUCUCCUCCUCCAACGAGCAGGAACUGUCUUUCGAGAAGGGCGACCGGCUGGAGAUACUCGACAGGCCUGCAAGCGACCCUGAAUGGUACAAAGCGCGAAACUCCCAAGGUCAAAUCGGCCUCGUCCCGCGCAACUACCUGCAAGAGCUCUCCGACUACAUGGAUCGCCCUCUGCAGGAGCGCACCAAGCACGGCGUCGGCUGCAUGGAGACGUCGGCGUCGGAGCGACCGCAGGCGCCGAUGCCCGACAAGCCGCACCUCGUCGACAAGCCGUGGUACUACGGCAGCAUCACGAGAUACGUGUGCGAUAAUUUGUUGAAUCAGCACGGCCAUGACGGGGAUUUUCUCAUCAGGGAUAGCGAAACGAAUAUGGGCGACUACUCGGUGUCCUUGAAGGCGCCCGGCCGCAACAAGCACUUCCGCGUCCACGUCGAGGGCGCCCUCUACUGCAUCGGCCAGCGCAAGUUCCACACGCUCGACCAGCUGGUCGACCACUACCAGCGCGCUCCCAUCUACACUAACAAGCAGGGCGAGAAGCUCUAUCUGGUCCGACCGCUGCCCAAGACAAAAUAACCGCCAGGGCGGUCGAGUUGAACGGCCGGGCGGUCGAGUUGAACGGCCGGGCGGUCAAGUUGACCGGCUGGGCGGUCAAGUUAACUGGCCAAGCGGUGGCGAGGACUCGUUUAGAGGUGGUACUGUAUGUGUGAGUGUUUUUUUUUCUAUAUUAUGUUCUUCUGAUUGAGGAGUUUCGUUUGGAGCAUCGCACAUAGUGGAACGAAUUUCCGUUGACUUGUUUUUGUUAAUUGCGAAGGAGAGUGCUGCCGAAUGUUUCUAUAGGAUUUAUAUUGACAGUGUCUGAAUGGGGACUGAUAGCAAGUUUUAGCGACUUAUUUAUUUGGUAAUCAUGUGAAAACAAAACCGUUUGAUAAAAUCAUUCGUCCCAAAUCCAGUUUAUUAGAAUGGUUUCGUCUCAAAUGAAGAAGUUUGAGUGAUCAACACGACCGAGCCGGCCGAUGCCCAAGACAAAAUAAUGACGGUCGCGUUAAUCGGCGAGGACUCUAGGGUUUUCAGGUGGUACUGUCAGUGUGGGUGUUUGUUUUUUUUUUCAUAUUUUUUGUCCACCUGAUGGAAUCAUCGACACAUAGCGAUCUAGAGUAGAGUAAGUCGAUAAUUUACAUAGCUAUCAUGAAUACAAGCUAUAUUACUUUAUCUACUCACUGCAUCGGAAGUAAGCGUUUGCUCCGUGGGAGGUAAAAUAAAUUUGCUUUAGCUUGCUUUCUUGGUAGAGAUACGCGUAUAAGAUUGGUGCUACCCAAGUGUACCUAA